CUGGUUGUCUUUCAUUAACAAUAUCUACUCCUCUCCUCUCCUCUCCUGCUACUACUACUACUACUACUACCCUCAGAACGAACAAGAAUAGUGCACUACCUCAGUAGCAUCAUGGAUACAAGCAACCACUAUAUCCCGUCAGCCACGGCUCCAGAGAAGAAGCGCUGGAUCGAUUCCCGCAUUUUCCAUCUCAUCCCCCGCGCCCUCCAGUUCCUCUUCGCCGUCGUCGUGGCCGCACUAUACGGAAUCGACCUGGCCCACGCAACCAAAACCCAAGCCCACGCCGAAGCCCCCUGGAUCUACGCGGAAUUCCUCGCCUGCGUGUCGGGACUCACCUGCACAAUCCACAUCCUCGCCACGGCCAUCGUCUCCGCCCCCAAGCCCGCGUGGGAUCUAUUCGACGCCGUGGUCUUCAUCCUCUGGCUGGCCCAGGUAGGCGUCUUCGGCACAAUCUACUGCGCUCCUUUGACGGCCAUUCCACCGGAGUACGAAACGGCUACGCUGUCGAUCUCCCGCAUGCGCGCCGGCGUUUGGAUUAGCUUGGUGAAUAUGCUGCUGUGGCUUCUGACGACUGUCCUCGGGGUUGCGGGAUGCAUCCGUGCUUGUUCUUCUUCGCGCAGGUCGCGUCGUCGGGAUGCGAGCCGGGGGGGGGACGACACCUGCGAUGAGAUGGAAGUGGGCAGUCGUAUCCAGAAGGAUGUGGAUGAUCGGUUGAGCUGGGCCGAUGCGGAGAAGCAGAUCAUGGAGCAUUGUUCGGAUCAGCCGCCGGAGUAUAGAGAAAAGGAUGUCGCGGAUAUGUGGCCUGUCGAGAAGAAAUAAAGCAGAUCCUCCCCUUUCCUUCUCUCUCCUCUCUCUCCUCUCUCUCCGCCUCCCCCCGGCCCGGGUUCUCGGGUUUAGGUUUGGGUUUGGACCUUGGACCGAACUGUGGAGAUAAAAAGAAGGAGGGAGGAAACAGGGCAUCUCUGAGAGGAAGGGAAGUCUUGAUAUAUGAUGGAUGAAUAACGUAAACACACUCAUGAUAGCUGGCUAUGAAGUGAUCUCCUUUUUCCAUAUGAUCUUACCCCCCCGGCAACCCUGAAAUCGAACCCAUAACCCCCCCC